AUGAAAAGCGUAGAGCAGUUAUUUCCACAAUUUUAGGUUGUCAACAUUGUAAGAUAAAACACUUACAAGAAAUCAGUGAUAGUGAAACGAAGUGGAUAUAAUUACAUGCUUCGUAUAUUCAAUCUGGAAGGAAUUCCGAAAGAAAGAGUUUAAUCGAUCAUCAAAAUCCUUAACAAAUUGUCUAAUCAUAAGAAUCCUCACAUUGUUAAAUUUUACGAGGCAUCUUUCGAUCGUGAUAUGACAUACUUAGGCAUUGUCAGUGAAUACUUGGAUAAAUAAUACGAAUACCCUUUGAAGGAAAUAGAGAUUUGGAAUAUCAUUUAAGAGAUAUCUCUUGCAUUACAAUAAUUUCAUCCAAAAAGAGUCCAUGGUAAAUUAUAAUUGUCGAACUUGUUUUAAAGCAAAGCUAAGACGAUUUUGGGAGAAAUGAACAUCCUCUAUUAUUUACACAAAUAGAACUAUCAAGAUAUUUAUUUAUUAGCACCAGAAUUUAUUAAGUCUCAAAUAUACGAUCAUAAAUCAGAUAUAUGGAUGGCUGGCUAUAUGCUAUAUUAGAUGAUGUUCAAGGAUCCACCUAUAAUAGCUAAUAAUGUUGAUAUUUUACAUAAGAAAAUACUGAAAGGCAUCCAACUAACUUAUAACCCAAAUUAUAGUCUUAAUUUGAAUAAUUUAUUGAGAUUGAUGAUUUGUUAUGAUGCGGAACUAAGACCUAAUGUUGAAUAGAUUCUCUAUUUCUGUCAACAAUCUCAAAUAUCUACUGAAGAAAUCAAUAUCAACAGAAUAUUGCCUAAAUUCAAAGUAGACAAAGUAGUUUUGCAUAAAAAGAGAACUGAUAAGAAAUCAGAACCUAUACAAAAUAUUGUAUAUUUGAAUGAAGAUCAAUUUAAACAACCAUAUUUCCCACCUUCCAAAAUUAUCAAACAAAAGAGACUCUAUUUAUCAAAAUAAACAACUUCAGUCAUGGAUUUUGGCCCAUCCCAAAAAACAAUUUAUUCAGUCUAGUUACCAAAAGUUCUGAAUUAUUAAUUCAGUAAAUUGAAAGUCAAAGAGGCUAGUACAAUACCAGGUUCCAUUGGUAAUGCUGAAUAACUAGAAAAAUUAUAGAACAAAUCUCAAAUUAAUAAAUUAGAAUUUGACAAUCUUUUUCCACAAACUAAAUAAACUUUGCAAACUCAGAGAAGAUCUCCCAAUAGAAUUUAAUUACAAUAAGAAUUUUAAAAUAGAUAAAAGAGUUAAAGAUUAUUUAAUUGA